GGGGCUCGCAGUCGAGUCGUCGGGUCGCGUUGCAUAAAUAUUUAAGAAACAAAUAAUAAUAGAAAUACGGAAAAAACCCCGAAACCCCGAAUAAUAACUCUACCGAAUCGGAGAUCCAAACAGAUUAGAAUCAAAUAAUAAAACGGAACAACACAACGUUCACUUUUUAUUGUUUCCCCAAUAUUUGCUUUUCGGUUUUUAAUCUCAAGGUGCGUGUGUGAAUUUUUCGGCACAAACAGAAAGGAAAAAAUUAAAGCUCCCGUUCUUUCCGAUCGCUAUUCUCGGCGAUAAGGUGAUGGCCAAAAAUAAUGAAUACAUAGAAUUACCCUGGACCAUGAACUCCUCAAGUGGUGACGAUGAGGCGCCAAAGGAUCCGCGCACUGGCGGCGAGGACUUUACGCAGCAAUUUACAGAAAACGAUUUCGAGGGACAUCGGGCACACACCGUUUAUGUGGGUGUCCAUGUGCCAGGAGGACGUCGCCACUCGCAGCGACGGCGUAAGCAUCAUCACAGUGGUCCUGGCGGUGGUGGAGGAGGAGGUGGUGGUGGUGGCUCCAUCGGCGGAUCCGGAAGUGUGGGCGGUGGUGCCGGCAAGGACAACACCAGCGAGAAGCAACAGGAAGUGGAGCGACCAGUAACUCCUCCAGCCCAGCGAGUACAGUUUAUUCUCGGUGAAGAUGUCAACGAUGGCACACAUGUCUCCCAUCCCCUGUUCUCCGAAAUGGGGAUGCUGGUCAAGGAGGGUGAUGAGAUCGAAUGGAAGGAGACAGCCCGAUGGAUUAAGUUCGAGGAGGAUGUGGAGGAGGGUGGCAAUCGAUGGUCAAAGCCCCAUGUGGCCACACUCUCGCUGCACUCGCUCUUCGAGCUGCGCCGCCUGCUGGUCAAUGGAAGUGUGAUGCUGGACAUGGAAGCGGAUAAUCUAGAGGUGAUGGCCGAUUUGGUCUGUGACCAGAUGGUCAGUGCGGGAACUCUCCCACCAGUCAAGGAUCGGGUAAAGGAUGCCCUCCUGCGACGCCAUCGGCAUCAGCACGAAUAUGCCAAGAAGACGCGACUACCGAUCAUCAGAUCCUUGGCCGAUAUGCGCAAUCAGUCGUCAUCGAAAAAGAAAAAAUCUAAUUCUAAAAAAUCACGACCUGCACAAAACCUGCCGGUGAUCACAGAGGACAUGGUCAAGAGUCCCAGCAAUCAGUCCAUGGCCAGGCCAGGAAGCGGCACCGAGCUGAACGAGCAGCAGCACAAGGGGAAUACCCAUUUUAUGCGCAAGAUACCGCCAGGAGCGGAGGCCAGCAACAUCCUUGUGGGCGAGGUGGACUUCCUGGAGCGAACACUCUCCUGCUUCAUCCGCCUGAGCACGGCGGCGCUCAUGGGCGAUCUCACCGAGGUGCCAGUGCCCACCAGAUUCAUCUUCAUCCUGCUUGGCCCGCCAGGCAGUCAGAGCAACUUCCAUGAGAUUGGCCGUGCCAUGGCCACCCUAAUGUCCGAUGAGAUCUUCCACGAGGUGGCCUACCGUGCGAGGAAGCGGGAUCACCUGCUGGCCGGUGUGGAUGAGUUCCUGGAUGCUGUCACUGUGCUGCCGCCCGGCGAAUGGGAUCCCACCAUUCGUAUUGAGCCACCGGCGGCCAUUCCCUCCCAGGAGGUGCGUAAGCGACCACCAGAGUUGCCCAAAGAGGAGGUGGACGAGGAGGAGGAGGAGCAGCGUUUGAGGGAGGAGUCCGGUUUGUCCCGGACAGGUCGUCUCUUUGGCGGUCUCAUCAAUGAUGUUAAACGGAAGGUGCCCUGGUACAUUAGUGACUACAAGGAUGCGUUGUCCAUGCAAUGCGUUGCCUCCUGGAUCUUCCUGUAUUUCGCCUGCCUCUCCCCGAUCAUUACGUUCGGAGGUCUCCUGGCGGAGGCCACUGGCAAAAACAUGGCUGCUAUGGAGUCUCUGGUGUCCGGGUUCGUCUGUGGCAUGGGGUAUGGCUUCUUUUCGGGCCAGCCGCUGACAAUUCUCGGGUCCACCGGUCCAGUACUGGUCUUUGAGUCAAUUAUCUAUGAGUUCUGCCUGAAGAUGGGCUGGGAAUAUAUGACUUUCCGGUUCUGGAUCGGCAUGUGGGUCGCCGGCAUUUGCAUCGUCCUGGUCGCGAUUGAUGCCAGUGCCCUUGUUUGCUACAUAACCCGCUUCACCGAGGAGAACUUUGCCACAUUAAUUGCCUUCAUUUUCAUCUACAAGGCCAUUGAGAAUGUGGUCGUUAUUGGAAAGAACUUUCCGGUUAAUCAGGGGAUAUAUGACUGUGUCUGUACCCCGCCAAUUGGGAGCAAUGCCAGUGUGGUGGAUUAUGCCAAGUAUAAUUGGGAUUAUUGUGAGUCCUACAACGGCACCCUGGUUGGCGGAGAUUGCGGAACGCCACCCACCGAGAACGUCUUCCUGAUGUCGGUGGUUCUCUGCACCGGCACCUUUAUAAUCUCCACCAUCCUAAAGGAUUUCAAGAACGCCCUGUUCUUCCCCUCCAUUGUCCGGCAGUAUAUUAGUGACUUUUCCGUGCUGAUCGCAAUCUUUGCCAUGAGCUUCUUUGACUAUUCCUUGGGAGUGCCCACCCAGAAGCUGGAGGUUCCCAAUGAGCUGAAGCCCACGCUGAGCACACGUGGCUGGCUAAUCCCACCGUUCUCGGAGAAGAAUCCCUGGUGGUCACCAAUCAUAGCCGUAUUUCCUGCCCUGCUUGGAACGAUCCUGAUCUUUAUGGAUCAACAGAUCACCGCCGUUAUUGUGAAUCGUAAGGAGAACAAGCUGAAGAAGGGCUGCGGUUACCAUCUGGAUCUGUUUAUCCUGUCCAUUCUGAUUGCCAUUUGCAGCUUGAUGGGUCUGCCUUGGUUCGUGGCUGCCACAGUGCUGAGCAUUAAUCACGUGAACUCACUGAAGCUGGAAUCUGAGUGCUCGGCUCCUGGCGAGAAGCCACAGUUCCUGGGUGUGCGCGAGCAGCGGGUAACCCACAUCCUGAUCUUCCUGACCAUUGGUGUUUCGGUGCUUUUGACCCCGCUGCUCGGUCACAUUCCCAUGCCGGUUCUAUUCGGUGUUUUUCUGUAUAUGGGAGUGGCCUCGCUCAAGGGUUUGCAGUUCUUUGAUCGCAUACUAAUCAUGUUCAUGCCGGCCAAGUACCAACCGGAUUAUAUGUUCCUGCGACAGGUUCCCAUCAAGCGUGUCCACUUGUUCACCAUUAUUCAGCUGGCCUGUCUUAUUAUUCUCUGGCUGAUCAAGUCCUUUUCCCAGACCUCCAUCCUGUUCCCCCUGAUGUUGGUGGUGAUGAUUGGCAUACGAAAGGCUCUGGAUUUGGUAUUUACACGUCGCGAGCUUAAGAUCCUAGAUGACAUAAUGCCGGAGAUGACGAAGAGAGCGGCGGCAGAUGAUCUGCACAAACUGGACGCUGAGGACAAUCAUCAUCAGCAUCCCCCGGGAGCUGGUACUGGGACAAACUACAAUGCCAAUCAAUCGGGUCCAACCACCAUUCACAUUCCCCUUUCGGGAAAUAAGCCCGGCAGCGGUAACACCAACAAUGGACCCACAGUGAACAUUCCCCAGGAUCGAUCUACAGUCUGGCAACAGAUCAGCAAGGAUGGCAAUGGCAUCUCGGAUCAAUUGAUUAUUCCUGUCACCGUUAAAGUUCGUCAAAUCAAUGGCAAUCAAACCCAAAAUUUAAUACGUCGAAGCAAUUGUGGCGUGGAUAUCUUACACCAACAGAAACAUCCGUUUGAGUCAAUGAUUUAAUUACAUUUUUUAUCAUAAAUUUGUGUACCUGUAUAACAAUUAUAUGUGUGUGUCUAUAAUCCGUAUAAAAACCUAUAAUGUCUGUAUGUACCACCAACCGUCCCAUUUUGCGUAUAUAAUAUAUCCUCAAUGUGCGAAUUGGCACAAAAAUGAAUUGCCUAUCAACAUAUCAAGAAAUAACUCCGAAAACCAAUCUUGUAAUCGUAUUACCUCCCUACUAAAGGAAUUUGUUGAAAUAUAAAUGUAAUAUAUAAAAUAAAGUUUGAUUAUUUUGAGAGGGAAA